AUGGUUUCUCGCAUUCCUGCCCUGUCAUAUGUAUAUCCCAGGAUUGACGAGCUACGAGAAAUACCCGGCGAUGCUCUUGCAACUACCAAACUACCGAGGAAUCCCUUGGCACCCAACGAUGCGGCAAUCAAGAACAUCUCCAGCAUCGCUCUGGAUGGGAUUUGGGACGUCAAUAAGCCCGAGGUUGUUACCCCUAUCCGGCUCUACCACAUGAUCCGAAGACCACUUUUAACCAACAAUAUGGCCAUCGGAGCCCAAAUUCGCCUCGAAAUUUCUGGCCGACCCAAAAUGGACCAAUUCCACUAA